AUGUCGAAUUCGUAUACGACACAAGGGAAAGCUUUGCCUGACAAAGUCAGGCAGGAAAUUAUAGAGAAGUGGUUGAAUAACGAAGGAAUUGCCGAGAUAUCUCGGCAAUUAGUUUUACCAUACAAAAGUGUAUCUAAUAUUGUAGAUCUGUGGAUAACCACUGGUUCAACUAAACCUCGAUCUCCACAACGUGUUGGUAUUAGAACUGCUCGAACUGAUGAUGUUAUCAGGUACACUGAAUGCACGAAGAUUAAUAAACCUUCAACAUACGCAAAAGAGAUUCGAAAACAGCUAAAAAAGAUAACGUGUGCCUCCCAGAAAAUGUUCCAAGCAAUUCAUGUAUAA